UGUAAUAUAGACAGGUCGUCUACAAUAAAGGGUUUUUUUCCUGAGGGUUAAAGGUUUUAUUCACCUUUCCCUCACCCUGUUCCUCCUCCUCCCGGCAUUGGGAUGGAUGGGGUGGCUGGAGGUGUGGGUACCCCCGGUAGCGCAGGGGGGUCUGGGGGUGACAGCCUCCCCAGGCGUAACGGAGGGGACUCGAAGCGGCGCAGUAAGAGCAGCCUGCCCUCUCCGGGUUACAGGCUGUCCCAGGCCUCACUGGAAGGGGAGAGGGGCUCCUUCGGGGCGGACAGCACUUCCUCAGGUGGACGCGGCCGUCGCCUCUCCAUCAUAAGCUCCUCCACCAACCCCAGGGACAGCCUUUCCUUUCGCACUGCAGGCACCCCAACCACCCCGGUGCCCCUGCCGCCCCCGCCCUCCUCCGCCACAGCUCAUCCUCCUCCACGCUCAGUGGGCUUCACCACGACCCGCGCCACCCUGCCCUCCACCUCCUCUACCGGGACCGGUGUGAUGGUGGUGGCCACCGGCCCGGAGACCACCACCACCACCACGUGCAACACCACUGCAGCAGGGUCCCCUGACUUUAUGGGUCAGUAUGGCCUGGGUGGGUUUGGCAUGGGGCUGGACGGGGAGGACUACAGCACCUCCAACCAGAGCACCUUCAUCCAGAGACAGUUUGGAGCCAUGCUGCAGCCCGGGGUCAACAAGUUCAGUCUGCGCAUGUUUGGAUCCCACAAAGCUGUGGCACUGGAGCAGCAGAGACUGAAAUCAGCAGGGACGUGGAUCAUACACCCAUACAGUGACUUCAGAUUCUACUGGGACCUGUUAAUGUUAAUGUUGAUGAUGGGGAACUUAAUCAUCCUGCCAGUGGGCAUCACAUUCUUCAGAGAUGAGAACACUCCCUCUUGGAUCAUCUUCAACGUGGUCUCUGACACUCUCUUCAUGGUCGACUUGGUUCUCAACUUCAGGACCGGCAUCAUCAAGGAAGACAACACUGAGAUAUUGCUGGACCCCAGGGCAAUCCGCCAGAAAUAUCUGAAGAACUGGUUCCUCGUGGACUUUGUCUCAUCCAUCCCGGUGGACUACAUCUUCCUGAUGGUGGACAGUCUCGACUCCGAGGUUUAUAGGACGGCCAGGGCGCUGCGCAUCGUCCGCUUCACCAAAAUCCUGAGCCUGCUUCGAUUGCUCCGCCUGUCCAGACUCAUCCGCUACAUCCACCAGUGGGAGGAGAUAUUUCACAUGACAUAUGAUCUUGCCAGUGCCAUGGUGAGGAUAGUUAAUCUGAUCGGUAUGAUGUUGCUGCUGUGCCACUGGGACGGCUGUCUCCAGUUCCUGGUCCCCAUGCUGCAGGACUUCCCUCCUGACUGCUGGGUUUCCAAGAACAUGAUGGUGAAUGACACAUGGGGCCUGCAGUACUCCUACGCUCUAUUCAAAGCCAUGAGCCACAUGUUGUGUAUCGGGUACGGUGCCCAGGCUCCAGAAGGGAUGACUGAUGUGUGGCUCACCAUGCUCAGUAUGAUCGUAGGUGCCACCUGCUACGCCAUGUUCAUCGGCCACGCCACCGCUCUCAUCCAGUCACUGGACUCCUCACGACGACAGUACCAGGAAAAGUACAAGCAGGUGGAGCAGUACAUGUCGUUCCAUAAGCUUCCUGCAGAUGUUCGGCAAAAGAUCCACGAAUACUAUGAGCACCGCUUUCAGGGGAAAAUGUUUGAUGAGGAGAACAUCCUGGGAGAACUCAGCGAGCCUCUUAAAGAGGCAAUAGUCAGCUUUAAUUGCCGGAGCCUUGUGGCUAACAUGCCGCUGUUCGCCAACGCCGAUCCCAACUUUGUGACUGCCGUGCUGAUCAAGCUCCGCUUUGAAGUGUUUCAGCCUUCAGACUUCAUUAUCCGCGAGGGCACAGUUGGACGGAAGAUGUACUUCAUACAGCAUGGACGAGUCGGUGUGCUGACCCGUGGCAACAAAGAAACCAAGCUGAGCGAUGGGUCUUACUUUGGAGAGAUUUGUUUGUUGACUCAUGGACGGAGGACAGCCAGCGUCCGUGCAGAUACAUAUUGUCGCCUGUACUCUCUCAGUGUGGACAACUUUAACGAGGUGCUGGAGGAGCAUCCGAUGAUGCGGCGUGCCUUCGAAACUGUUGCUGUUGACCGAUUGGACCGUAUCGGCAGGAAGAACUCCAUGCUUCUGCGGAAGUCAUCCCAGGGCGGUUCUCUGGGGGGCAGUAUGGGUCGUGGAGGAGGCCGGGGUGGAGGGGGUCAAGGUUCCUGUGACAGCAUGCUGGUGCAACAGAUUGUUAAACACGACAGCAUGCCGGCCAUGCAGGAUGCUAUUGCGGCCGCUGCUGCAGGAAGAAGCGCAGUCAUGGGAGGAAGUGGCACGGUGUCUCCUCGGCCACGCCCGGUCAUCUGGGCGCCGCUUGUCCAAGCCCCCCUGCAGGCUGCUGCUGCCACCAGUAAUGUAGCCAUCGCCCUCAUGCACCAGCAACAGCAGCUACAGCAGUUGCAGCAGCAGCAUGCACUUGGAGGUGCUUUCUUCCUGCCCUCCCCUCUUGUCUCUCCCUCUCCCUCCUCUUCUUUCCCUUUGUCUCCCCCUCGUCCUCCAGUGUUACAGCCGCUCCGCCCCUCUGUGAGCUCUCUCAUCGGCAUGAUGACGAUGGGAGGGAUAGGAGGAAUGGGUGGUUUGUCCCCAAGAGGAUUUCCUGCUUCUCCCUCGACUACGGGUCCUCCUGGUGGGAUGAUAUCGCCCCCUAUUGCUAAAACUCCAACCAUACCAGCCUCCUCUGUCCUGACUUCUGUCCAACAGGGAAGGCCUCUUCAUUACAGCCUCCGCCUCCAGGCAGAUCAUCCCUCAGUGAUUGCUGAAUCACUAGGAACCCCGACAGGUGGAGGGCCACCAACUCCACUACUCCACAAGGUACCUGCCACCAACCCCCUUGCUGCUUGUGGUGCCCCGUCAGAUGGCAACACUUUUAUGAUGGGCCAGCAGGGAGCAAAGGAAGCUCUUUUACGUCAUGGAGGAAGCAGCUCUCAGGGUCUGCCAUCACUGGGCAGACUCACCCAGGAGGCCAGGCUGCUGUCAGCUUCGCAGCCCACUCUGCCUCACCGCUCCUGGGCAGGAGUGCAGCCUCACCCGCCUCUCCACAGGAAGGCUUCUGGUGGUAAUUUGCUGACAGCUCCUUUCCUGGCAGGGCAGUUAGCCAGGGGAAGCAGUGUGGGCAUGCUGACCUCCAACGCUCCAGUACAGCUAGUGACAAAUAUACCAUUUAAUACACAAACACACGUACUGGCCACAUUUCCUAUUCAGCCAGCGUUAGCACAGAAUCUGCCCACACAAGCUGCUCCUCACAUUGCUUAUGUAUCCACACCUACAGUUGCAGCUUCUUUGCCAUCUUCCUCCCCUCCAAAGCAGACCCCACUCUCCUCUGCCACCCCUUCACCUGCACCCACCCCCUCGUCUCCUACACCUAUACUCCCUCAGACACCUCGUUCUAAACCAAUGACCCCCUCCCGCUCCUCCUCUCCUCCUUCCUGCUCCUUUCCUUCUUCAGCAGGAACAAACCCGCUGUCGCUCUCAUCAACUCCGCGUCCCAAACCAAUCUCUACAUCUUCUCCCCGCUCUUCCUCUCCCUCUCCCUCUUCCUCAUCAACACCGCCUCCAUCUUCUGUCCCUGUUCCACUACCUCAAACUUACGGGCCCAAGUCAUCUUUCACCUUCUCUUCUCCCCCAUCAUCCUUGAUCACCUCUAUGCCACCUCGUUCCCAGAGCCCCCGAGCCAAGGCAUCCAACACACCUCCUUCUGCUUCUCCAUUGUCUGGCCCCAGUCUCGCUCCAACCCCAAUCCCUUCUCCAAUACCAACUCCCACUCAGACCUGCACCCGUACUUCUACCCCCGCCCAAACUCCGACACCAACCCUAACGCCUACCCAGAUCCUUCCACCUACACCGUCCUCCUCUCCCAUCCCCGUCACAGCUGUCCCCUCCUUAAGUAAAUUCCAGAGUUCCACCCCUUGUCUCAAGCCCUCUGUCUCCAGCUCUGCCAGAGGCCAACCCUUGAGCCAGAUUGCAAAACAGAGCCCAACCCAAACUGCAUUUCCUUCACCAACACCAGCUAGCACUAGCACCUCACGUAAAAUAACUUUCUCAGUUCAUCCUGUACAGCAAACCCCUCCUGUCCUUACUCCAAGCCCUGUUUCAGUCUCCGGUUAUUCCACCAAACCAACCCCAGUGACAACCUCAUCCUCAACAACCACUAACCCUUCAUCUCUUACUACCACCUCUUCCUCCACCACCACUUCUUCUGGUAUCCAAUGUGCCUCUUCUCCCACCCCAAAACAAAAACCAACCACCACAGCUGUUCCUAACCACCCCUCAAAACUCAAUACGCCCUGUACCCCUGCCUCUCAGGCAUCCACCACUACAACCACCCAGUCAGAACAUGCAGUCCCCCUGCUAACAACACCUCCCCUAAAGGAGGGAAAAAAGACCCUCAGCUGUCACUCACCAGAAAAGACUCAGAGAAACUAAGACACAAAAUGUCCCCCAUCAUGUAAGAUAUUCGAAUAAGAUGUUGGACUUUUGUUGUGGCCGGUGCUUAUUAGCAGAGCCAUUGAUAUACAGAGUUGUGUCAGAGUUGGAACCAGACAUCCAAUGACGUGUGGAUUUGUCAUUGUUUUAGAACGUCAGGUGUUCGUGUGACUCUUAAGCCAAGCCAUCGAUGGAGGAGAAAGACUUUGUGGGUGCGUUGAGUGGUUGGUGCAGGCAAUGGUAGAGUCUGAAAAACCACCCAAAUGUAUACAUACAUAUCCUGUGUUAGUGAUUGUUGGAGCAAGCGGGGGAGCUGAAGUGGAAACAGUAAAAUGGGAUAGAAGCAAUAGCUAAGAAAAAAAAAGUCAAUUUAUUUGACAAGGAAAAGAGCAAUACAUGUGAAACAUUUGAGGCAGGAAAUGUUCACUUGACAAUAAUGAUAAAUGUGAGAAAAUAAUAAUAUUUCUGCUGUUUGGGAUGAAAGUUUAUCUUGAUGUCAGUUUCAUGCGGGCAAUAGAGCAGACACGUCCUGGUUUCCAGCUCCAACUCCCUCUUGCCUCCCAUUCUGCACCAAAGUGUAAUAUUUUCUCAUCAGAAUAAUAAUUAUGAUAAGAAUAUAGAGAUUAAAAAUCACUGUUAAGUCGAUGCUCAUAUGAAUUUGAUUAUUUAGGAGCAGUCCACUGGUAGUUUUGUGUGUGUGGUGUUUAGUUUUUUGAACAAGACAAAACUUUUAAACCUAUAUGUUCACUCUGAGGACUUUUGUAAAUUGUGUUUUUUGUGUGUGGCAGACAAUACUGCUCUGCUGUGCACCGUGGCUCACUUUAUUUUUAUUCCAUCCGGCUACCUGAACUGUAAAUACGUGCGUCUCUUUGGGUCUGUUCUAAGCUUCCUCACUCUUGAGCCUCUCUGUCUUUCAUCUCUUCUCUGUCUCGCCGCCUUUCAUCUGAUUUUCACAGCUCCGGUCUCUAACUGCUUCUUUGGCUCUCACAGACUCUCUCCCUUUCUCUCGGUUUGCCCAACACUUUGCUCUGUGCGGCCAUCAGCCUCAUGUUCAAAUGGCUCUUCCUUCUGUCUGUUUCAGCACAAUUUCCAGUGAUGUUUGAUGUUUUGUGUGUGUAGCAAAAAGAAAUUUCUGUCUUAACCCCAAUACCAUGUUGCCUAGACUAUAUAUUAAAGGACCAAAUGUUUUAUUUUUUAUUCAUUACUACAGCUUUAGCUUUUGAACAGAAAAUAAAUAGCUAAUAAUGCUGUCUUGAUGAUGAUCUUGAGCGUGGUGAUUAUGAUUAUGAUUAUGAUUAUAUUCUUGACAACCAUGACAGUAAUGAUGAAGGUGUAAAUCUGGAUGUAAGAAUAAAGCGGAUUUAGAUAUCA